AUGAACUGGGAACAGGAUGAUUUGUCAUUGUUAAUUUUUUUUUUCUUUGUUUUUCUAGGAUCUAGUUCAGGAUCAAAAUUAAAAGUUCCUGAGCUGAGCACAAAUGGCACACAGCACGUUGUUCAAGCAGGCCAGACUUUAAAUCUCACCUGCAGGGGGGAAAUGGUUCAUUCAUGGUCUUUGCCUGAAACUCUAAGUAAGGAUAGCAAAAGGCUGAAAGUAAUUAAAUAUGCCUGUGGAAGGAAUGGGAAGCAGUCCUGCAGCAGUCUGACCUUGAGCAGAACUCAAGCAAGUGACACUGGAAACUAUAGCUGUAAAUACCCAACAAGUCCAGCAAAAAAGAAGAAGGAAUCUACAGUCUAUGUAUUUAUUAAUGAUACAGGCAAUCCAUUUGUAGAGAUGCACAGUGAUAUACCUAAAAUAAUACACAUGACUGUGGGAAGAGAAAUGAUCAUACCAUGCAGAGUUACAGCACCAAACAUUGCUGUUACUUUAAAAAAGAUUCCACGAGAAACCCUAAUUCCUGAUGGCAAGACAAUAAUCUGGGACAGCAUGAAAGGCUUCAGAAUACCUAAGGCAACCUACAAAUUCAUAGGGCUCCUGAGCUGCGAGACAACUGUGGGUGGACACAAGUAUAGCACAAAGUACCUAACACACCGAGAAACCAACACAAUUUUUGAUGUUCAGUUAAGCACCCCGCGUCUUGUCAAGUUGCUGAAAGGAGACAGCCUGGCAAUUAACUGCACUGUCACCGCAGCCUGGAACACCAGAGUCCAGAUGACGUGGACUUACCCUGGAGAGGCAAGGAGGAGAGGUUCUGUAACACAACGCAUAGACCAGAAGAACACAGAAGCCAAUAUUUUUUACAGUAUCCUCGUUGUUGAUAAAGUGCGUGAUAUUGAUAAAGGCCAGUACACCUGCCACGUGAAGAGCGGGCCAUCAAUUAAAGCUGUUAACACAACAGUCAUUGUUUAUGAUAAAAUGUUCAUUAAUUUGAAACGUCGAAGAAAAACUGCGCUGGAAGCUGUAGCUGGAAGAAAAUCCUAUCGUUUGUCAAUGAAAGUGAAGGCAUUUCCCUCUCCAGAGGUUAUAUGGUUAAAAGAUGGGCUACCUGCUGCUGAAAAGUGUGCCCGGUACAUGGUUAAAGACUAUUCGUUAAUCAUCAAGGACGUUGCUGAGGAAGAUGCUGGAAACUACACUAUAAUAUUGAGCAUACGGCAGUGGAACUUGUCUAAGAAUCUUACAGUCACUCUUACAGUAAAUGUGAAACCCCAGAUAUACGAAAAUGCCGUGUCAUCAUUCCCUGAUCCCAAUCUGUAUUUAUUGAGCAGCAAACAAGUGCUGACGUGCACCGCGUAUGGUAUUCCUCAGCCUAAAAUUACGUGGAUGUGGUACCCCUGUAGACAAAACCAUUCUAAAACAAGGCAUGGCUUUUGCUCUUACACCGAAGGAUCUUUCGUCCUGAAAGCUGGCAGCAACAUAGGAAACAGGAUCCAGAGCAUCACUGAGCGAACGGCUGUAAUAGAGGGCAAAAAUAAGACUGCUAGCACUCUCGUUGUAGCUGAAACCAAAUCUUCUGGAAUCUACAGCUGUGUGGCAUCCAAUAAAGUGGGAAAAGCCGAAAGAAACAUCAGCUUUAUCGUAACAGAUGUACUGGGUGGAUUCCAUAUUAGUUUGGAAAAAAUGCCCAUCGAAGGAGAGAAUUUGAUAUUGUCCUGUUCGGCCAACAAAUUCCUGUACAAAGACAUUGCUUGGAUUUUACCGAGGACAGUCAACAAUCAAACGAAAGUAAAAAGGUCUCUCAACAAGGAGUACUCCAUCACCCUCACUCUGACCAUCAAGAACGUUUCCCUGGCACACUCGGGCACCUAUGCCUGCCGAGCAAGGAACAUAUACACGGGGAAAGAAGUGCUUCAAAAGAAAGACGUUACAAUCAGAGCUCAAGAGGCACCAGCCCUGCUGCGGCACCUUACGGAUCAGACAGUGAACACCAGUAACUCUGCCAUGUUGGAGUGCCAGGUUCAUGGCAUCCCUGAGCCCCAGAUAUCCUGGUUUAAAAACCAUGAGAAAAUACAGCAAGAAUCAGGAAUAAUUUUAGGGCCCGGAAGCCGAAUGCUGUUUAUUGAAAGAGUAAAAGAGGAGGAUGAAGGACUUUACCAGUGUAUAGCCACCAACUUAAAAGGGUCCGUGGAGAGUGCAGCGUAUGUCACCGUACAAG